AAGAUGGCGAUUUGCUGAGUGCUCAUGGAUGUACACAUUUGUCGGCUAGUUGCUAUCCGACCCGAGAACGCUCACUCUACGAACAAUUCGCCCGCCCGGAGAGCGACUAGUUGCCCCCGCUGCUCGGAGCACGUCUGACUCAGCGUCAGCCGCCGCCGACCAUGCAGAUCACGCUCAAAACACUGCAGCAGCAGACCAUUCAGAUCGAGAUAGACCCCGAACAAACGGUGAAGGCCUUGAAAGAGAAGAUCGAGGCCGAAAGAGGCAAAGACAACUUCCCCGUGUCCGGGCAGAAGCUGAUAUACGCCGGGAAAAUCCUGCAAGAUGACACGCCCAUCAAGGACUACAAGAUCGAUGAGAAGAACUUCGUCGUAGUGAUGGUAUCCAAGGCUAAGCCUGCAGCUGCCGCCACCUCGCCCCCAGUCUCGGAAGCCCCCAAGCCCCCCGUACAGGACUCUGGCUCCACGUCAACAGCUGUCCCAGCCACAACCCCGGCCCCGGCCCAGACCCCGGCAGCUGUCCCCAUUCCCCCCGAGGAGGCCAAAGAAGAGCCGAGUGCUGCAGCCACAGAACCACAGCAGCCAGCCAGCUCCAGCGGCGGGAGCCAGGGCUUGGAUGCCUCCUCAGCACUGGUGACUGGGGCCGAGUACGAGGCGAUGCUGACGGAGAUCAUGUCUAUGGGCUAUGAAAGGGAGAGGGUGGUGGCCGCACUCAGGGCCAGUUUCAACAACCCCCACAGAGCUGUGGAGUAUCUCCUCACCGGGAUCCCCAGCAGCCCGGUCCAGGAGAGUAAUCCCCCGGCUCCGGCCCCCGCGUCUGGACCCACAGAAGCGCCUUCUCUAGCGGAGGGUGAAAACCCACUUGCGUUCCUGCGGACCCAGCCCCAGUUCAUGCACAUGAGACAGGCCAUCCAGCAGAACCCCGCUCUGCUUCCCGCUCUUCUCCAGCAGCUGGGACAGGAGAACCCCCAACUUCUACAGCAAAUCAGUCAGCACCAGGAGCUGUUCAUCCAGAUGUUGAACGAGCCAGUGGGCGAGGGGGGCGAUGUGCCCGAGGUUGGAGAGUUGGGGGCCGCUGGGGAAGAGGGCGCGCCUGUCAACUACAUCCAGGUCACACCUCAGGAGAAAGAAGCCAUCGAAAGGUUAAAAGCGUUGGGCUUCCCUGAGGCGCUGGUGAUCCAGGCCUACUUUGCCUGCGAGAAGAACGAGAACCUGGCGGCCAACUUUCUCCUCAACCAGGGACCCGACGAUGACUGAAAACGGAGCCCCGCCUUCCCGCUCCUCUCUCGCAAA